AUGUACACGAAAUCACAAUCUUAUAAUAGCUUUCGACUUUUCGUCUCAUGUGUGAAUCGUUUGUUCAAGUCCCGCAAUGACCAAUAUCGGAUAUUCAAACGUUGCCUAUUCGUGCCGUUCGAGCCGCAACAGUCCAAAGUGCGUUUCCACCAUGAUGACCAGAAAGGCGGUCGUAAGAACAAUAGGUACGACUACGUCUUGAACAUGAAUAACAGUCAGUACUUGGAUCACAUGUACCAGUUGUGGAGGAAAGAUCCGAAGUCCGUCAGCACUUCGUGGGAUUCCUAUUUUAGAUUAACUUAUGCUGAUAAUCUACCGGAGUCAAUAGCUUCCAGCUCACAGAAAUUCUCCACCUCAUCGGGGUAUUCAUCAGCUUCUAACUUGACAACACCUGCGUCCACUCGAGUUGAAUUAUCUUCUAAUACGAAACCGUCAAAUACUGCAUUAUCAGCAUCAAGUUCUGGAAAGAAUCCAGAAUCGAAAUCCAACGGUGACAUGCAAGGUGAACAAUUUAUAAAUGGAGCUCUUGAUAUUAAUGCUACGAUUCGAGCUUAUCAGGCACGUGGUCAUUUAAUAGCUGAUACCGAUCCACUGGGCAUACAAAAUCCAGAAUCGUAUAAGCUUCAAGGCACUUCUAAUUUACCACCCGCGAUCGUGGUGCGAGAACAUUUGAAAGGAAUGACCGAGGCUGAUAUGGACAGAGAAUUUCCUCUUGCUCCAUUCACCGUGAUUGGUGGUCCUAAACGAAAUCUUCCUUUGCGCGAAAUACUAAUGAGAUUGAACCAAGUUUAUUGUGGUCAUUUAGGUCUCGAGUACACCUACAUUCACGACCUUGUUGUAUUAGAUUGGUUGAGACAGAAGUUUGAAGUACCUGGAGCUUGGGAAUUACCAGCUGAUCAUAGAAAAUUCAUUUGGGUAAACAUUAUGAGAGCAGUAACGUUCGAAGGCUUUUUGGCGCGAAAAUUCCCCACUGAAAAAAGAUUCGGUUUGGAGGGUUCCGAAGCUUUCAUACCAUCGAUGAUACAGUGCUUAGAAACAUCAGCAGAAAAUGGAGUAGAAAGCGCUGUGAUAGGAAUGGCUCAUCGAGGACGGUUAAACACCUUGAUCAAUGUUUGUUUCAAACCGCUGCAUCAACUUCUUACUCAGUUUCAUUCGAUUCCUUUGGAAGGUUUCGGUUCUGGUGACGUAAAGUAUCACUUGGGAACACACGCGGAAAGAAUUUUAGAAAGAUCCAAGAAGAAGAUUCUUAUUUCUAUGAUGGCUAAUCCGUCUCAUUUGGAAGCAAUCGAUCCUGUCGUGGUCGGUCGAGUUCGAGCCGAACAAGUGGAAAAGGACGAUGCUAAAUUCGGUAAGAAGUCUAUGGCUAUUUUGGUUCAUGGAGAUGCCGCCUUUUCGGGGCAAGGUGUUGUUUAUGAAACGAUGCACUUAACUAAUCUGCCAAAUUACACGACUGGUGGCGUCCUUCAUCUUGUAAUUAACAAUCAGAUCGGUUUCACCACUGAUCCAAGAUAUUCCCGGUCCAGCGUUCAUUGCACGGAUGUAGCACGUGUUGUAAAUGCCCCUAUAUUUCACAUGCAUGCUGACGAUCCUGAUUUAGUAGCUUAUUGUAGCAAAGUUGCUGCAGAGUAUAGGACAAUGUUCCACAACGACGUUGUUCUGGACAUCGUGGGAUAUCGAAGAUUCGGACACAACGAAUUAGACGAGCCGAUGCUUACGCAACCAUUAAUGUAUAAACGUAUAAAGACGCAUCCGAAUGUACUUACCAUUUAUACGGAAAAGUUGCUCAGAGAAGGAGUUAUUACCGAAGCGAUUGCAAAAGAAGAAACUGAAAAAUAUUUUGACUACUGCGAAGCAGAGUUUGAAAAGGCGAAAACGAUAGACUCGUUGCACUUGAGCGACUGGCACGAUAUACCGUGGUCUGACUUCUUUGCGAAUCAAAGUCCCAACAAUAAGAUACCAUCCACCGGCAUCGACAUGGAAACCAUGAAGACAAUUUGUAAAGCAAUAUCAACUCCUCCCAAAGAUAUCGAUUCUCAUAGUCAGGUGCUGAGGGUAAUGGACAAAAGAGCGCAGUUAAUGGAAGCUCGGCAAGCAGAUUGGGCGAUGGGCGAAUGCUUAGCGUUUCUCAGUCUGCUGAAAGAAGGUCACCACGUGCGGUUGUCCGGCGAGGACGUCGAGCGAGGCACUUUUUCUCACCGCAUUCAUAUUAUUCACGAUCAAAAUAAAGAUAAAACGUUCAAAAAUAUUCUGCACGAUGUGUUUCCAGGACAAGCAUUAUACACGGUUUCUAACUCUUCGUUGUCGGAAUAUGGUGUUUGCGGAUUCGAGUUAGGUUACUCGGCUUACAAUCAUAACACUUUGACGAUGUGGGAAGGCCAGUUUGGUGAUUUCGCAAAUACGUGUCAGGUUACUAUAGACACUCUUUUAUGCUCUGGCCAAUCGAAAUGGGGUAGACAAGUAGGAUUAGUUUUACUUUUGCCGCACGGAUUGGAAGGUCAGGGACCUGAACAUUCGUCUGCGAGACUCGAGCGAUAUCUCGAGCUUUGCGACGACGAUUAUAUUUAUCUUCCGGGUACGGAACCGGGUGCACCCCAAGGAGAGACCGUGGAGCAAAUUAUGACACGGCAAUUAUUUGAAAUAAAUUGGAUCAUCUGCAAUUUAACGACACCCGCAAACCUUUUCCAUGCUCUUCGUCGUCAGAUUCACAUGCCUUUCAGAAAACCACUGUGUAUUAUGACGCCUAAAUCCUUACUACGUCAUCCAAUGGCUCUAUCGUCUUUCUCCGAAAUGGAAUCUGGCACAUCAUUUAGACCUAUCCUUUCGGAUCCUCUUGUCAAACCAGGUAACAUACAAAAGGUGUUGAUUUGUAGUGGAAAAGUGUUUUACGAUUUAGUCAAGGAACGUGAGGAGAAACAAUUGGAGGAUAAAAUAGUUAUCAUUCGUCUCGAACAAUUAUGUCCAUUCCCGUAUCAUCUUCUCGCGGAAGAAGUAGCAAAGUAUCCGAAUUCUAAGAUAAUGUGGUUCCAAGAAGAACAUAAAAACCAAGGUGGGUAUACGUACGUGAGGGACAGGAUAGCAUUAGCUCUAGGGAAAAAGUUGGAAGAAAUAGUCUAUGGUGGUAGACCACCAUCGGCUGCUCCAGCAACUGGUAGCAAACUGAUUUACACGAAAGAGUAUAAUGAUAUGAUGGCUGAUGCUAUGAAUUUCUCUUGAGCUGCAGUUAGUCGAACGCUAAACAAAAGAUAUGUCGUUCGCAAAGUGUAAAAAUAAAGCAGAGAAUGUACGAGAUGACCAGAUAACAUAAAUUUGAAUGUCGUCUCUAUCGAUCAGAUGCUCUUUCACACUCACCAAAAGACAUAAGUGCUUAUAACCAGACUUCUUGUAACAUGUGCAAAUCCAUCUACCAAGGUGAUUCCACAUUGUACUUUUCUUUCACUGAGUGUUUAUUCUGAUUCAGAAUUACUGUGAUAUAACAAGUGAGGCAGACGAUUAUGCGACGUGUAAAGUACAACUGAGCUUGAGAACUGAAUAGUGUUAAUAGUCAGAAUAGCUUACACACACACACAUAUAAAUAUAUGCUGAGAUUAUAUUUAUGGAUCAAACAUCUUUAUUCUUAUAUACCAUUGUAAUGCUUUUUGAGUGAUGAAAAUCUGAUUGUGUGUUGUAAUUUGUGAACCAAUAUUGUGUACAUUAUUUUUUAAAAUUUUAUAUCAAAUAAAUAUGUAAAAUGGAUAUAGUCGUUUGCGUUAUUCCUGCCGAAUAUCGCAUAUGCAUUAAACUAUAAUUAAUGAAAACAUCAAUGCAUUCUGAAUAGAUUUCUUUAGAGCCUUGAAUACGUUAAAAAUCUUGAAAAGUAUAAUCAAUUAAUGUGACCUCGUGUUUAUAGAUUUUUAACGAGAAGCAAUUAUAUGUGGGCGACCCUGAACCUUCAGCAAUGAUCGUUUUCAAGUGGUGGUAGAGAACGGCGCGCGUUUAUAGUUUGCAUUGAAUUUCCCGCGACAGGAGUUUCUGUUUCCUCUUAAUCAGAAAGAUGGCACAUGUUGGAAAGAGGUAGUUGAACGUAGAGGGAGGUGGUGCGCAGAGCAUUCAACGCGAAUAGUCGCCGAGUCAGUCAUUAGUCUGCGUUCGGUGCGCGUUACGUCCUUUUGCGUUACAUAAUCAGUUAAAAGGAGAAAGCGAGACGGAAGAACGUAUCAAACCGAAGAAGCGAUUUCGGCUGUGUCUCGCGUUACCGCAAACGCAACGGCACUGCCU